AUGGAGGAGGAAGCUGGGGAGGAACCAGGGCUAGGCAGGUCGACAGCCCCCAGAGACUUCCACUUUUAUCACAUGGAUCUGUAUGACUCUGAGGAUAGACUGCAGCUCUUCCCAGGAGAAAACAACAGAAUUAGGAGAGAAGUGAUUGAAGCUGAAAUGACCAAAGAGCCAAGAGGGGCGGGGGAAGGUAAGCCUCUACAGGAGGAAGUGGAUGAGCUUGUCCAUUUAUAUGGACUUGAAGAUGACCAUGAGUUAGGGGAGGAGUUUGUUGAUGAACACAGACUGGGGGCCUUUGGGUAUCCUCCCUAUGGGAUGAAGAGGAGAGACCUAGCCAGGGAGCAGAGAGAUUGGAGGCUUAGUGGUGAGGCAGCAGAAGCUGAGGACCUGGACUAUGGAGGGCAAGUCCUAGCUGGCCAGUGCCAAACCCUUCGGGAAGCAUAUGGCCGUGCAAGCGAGGAAUACGAAUGCUACGUCAUCCCAGAGGAGGAGGAUGAGGAAGAGCCUGCUGAUGUCUUUUGUAUCACUUGCAAAACUCCAAUAAGAGCUGUUGAGAAGGAAUUUGAUGAGCACAAGGAUCAUGAAGUGACACCACUCAAUAAAGCAUUGGAAAAUGCCAAGGAUGAAAUUCACAAAAACAUGUACAAAUUAGAACAGCAAAUUAUCGAGAUGGAAAAUUUUGCUACUCACCUGGAGGAGGUGUUCAUCACUGUGGAGGAGAAUUUUGGAAGACAAGAGCAAAACUUUGAGUCACGCUAUAAUGAGAUCUUGGAAACACUUGCUCAAAAGUAUGAAGAAAAAAUUCAGGCUCUAGGGAAGAAAAAGAAAGAGAAGUUAGAAACCUUGUAUGGACAGCUAGUCAGCUGUGGAGAAAACCUAGAUGCCUGUAAAGAGCUGAUGGAAACCAUAGAGGAGAUGUGUCAUGAGGAGAAGGUUGAAUUCUUAAAGGAUGCAGUAGCUAUGACUGACAGACUUGGGAAAUUCCUGAAAACCAAAACAGACGUGGUAAUCUCCACACAACCUGAAUUUGAAGACCAGACCUUGGACUUCUCUGAUGUGGAGCAGCUGAUGGACUCCAUCAACACUGUUCCAGCUCCCUCCGCUCCUGUGAUAAAUCCACAGGCCCCCAAUUCGGCCACAGGUUCCUCUGUCCGUGUGUGCUGGAGUUUAUACUCUGAUGACACUGUGGAGAGCUAUCAGUUGUCCUACAGGCCAGUGCAGGACAAUUCACCUGGCAAGGACCAAGUAGAGUUUACCAUGACUGUCAAAGAAACAUAUUGCUCAGUGACAAACCUGGAGCCAAAUACCCAAUAUGAAUUUUGGGUCAUAGCUCAGAACAGGACUGGCCCCAGCCCCUCCAGUGAGCAUGCAGUGUACAUGACAGCCCCUUCUCCUCCCAUUAUAAAAAGCAAAGCGAUAAGGAGCUGUGAAGAGGCUGUGCUGAUUUGCUGGGAGUCUGGGAACUUGAAUCCUGUGGACUCCUACACAGUGGAGCUGACCCCGGAAGAAACUCCAGAAACCUCGGGCGUAACUGAGUCUGUUGUGGGCAUCCCAACCUGUGAGUCCCUGAUACAGCUGCAGCCCAGACACAGCUACACAAUCUACGUUCGAGCCCUCAAUGUUGGGGGCACCAGUGCCAGAAGCAAGCCCGCUAUGGUCCACACCACAGGCAGCUACUUUCACCUGAACAAGGACACCUGCCAUCCCUGGCUGACUAUUUCUGAAGAUGAGUUUACAGUGGUUCGAAGUGAAAAGAAAACUCUCAAAAGGGAGCCACCACCUGGCAAGGCCCAGUUUACCAGGUGUGUUGCUGUCAUGGGAAGUCUAAUUCCAGUACGAGGACGCCAUUACUGGGAGGUUGAAGUAGAUGAGUGUUUGGACUACACUGUUGGUGUGGCCUUUGACGAUGUCCCUAAACAGGAAGAUCUGGGAGCAAACUGCAUGUCCUGGUGCAUGAGGCACACAUUUACCUCAGCAAGGCAUAAGUAUGAAUUUCUGCACAGCAAGACAACUCCAGAUAUCAGAGUAACAGUUGCUCCAAAGAAGAUUGGCAUCCUGUUAGACUAUGAAAAUUCUAAGCUGUCAUUCUUCAAUGUGGACAUUUCUCAGCACCUGUACACAUUCAGCUGUCAGCUCCACCAAUUUGUGCAUCCCUGUUUUUCUUUGGAAAAGCCUGGGUGUCUAAAGAUACACAAUGGCAUUUCAAUGCCAAAGCAUGUCACUUUCUUUUAGACCCUUCUGAUGUUGUUUCCAGUCUCUCUGCUGCCCCUCUCUCUUAGCCACCCUUUCCUCAGCUGGCUGAACUUGGUAAGUGGUACAAGCUUCCUGCACCCAGCAUUUUCAUCUGGAAGACUGCUGUGCUGCGCCAUGUCACCUGAUGCAGACUUGUGCGCAGUUCCUUGGGUGACGUCAGUGUAAGCCAUUACCAGGCAGAACUGUAAACGAGGAGUCAGACCCAUUGAAUUCAAAGGGCUCUCAUGGAGUCAAACUGCACUUGUCUGUCGGUGGAUAUGUAAAGUAUCUGGGAUCCCCUAAGCCUACAGAAUCAGGGAGAAGGACGUCUUAAUGGUUUCAGCAGCUCCUAUGCAUUUGUGACAUUUCACUGUUCAUCAAGAACAGACUUCAGAAGGCAAGAAGCUCUCUGCAGAGAAACAGGAAAGCUAUGUGCCCAUAUCAGUGCCUCUACCAUAGUGCUUCCUAAUGGCUGGCAGCAGCACAGCAGGGUUCCUCCCAGUGUAUACUCUUUCGGACACCCUGUCCUCCCCUUGGUAAUUCUGAUACCACUUUGUAAUUCUGGAAUUACCUCUAGGAUGUCUAAUUUCAUGGAGAAGAGAUAGGGUCACCUAUAACUUGACCUUGGAGCUAAUGCAUUAACAGGUGCACAACAACCCCAUGCUGAGCAAUGAGUAUCUGCAUUCAGCCACUGCUCUUUGGCCUCCUCACUGCCUUGUUUGGAACUACGCCAGGGUUCUUUCAAAACUCUAACAAAGGACAUAGGGCAAAGGAAGAAGAAAACUUAAAAGGAGGCUUAUAAAGGAACAGAAGGGCAUCUGUGGCUCCAUGGAACACUGCUUACUGCCACACCCACACAUGCAACCUCCAUGUGGAUGGGGUGCUUCCCUUGUGUGUGCUGAGGAAGGGCUGGAACAAAGAACAUGAGCUUCAACUGUUUCUAGGAACUGUCUUGAAAUGUAAAGAGCCAGAGUUAAAACCAAGAGCCUGGUUUCACUGCUAUUUUGUAGCUACUUUGCCUUAGAACCUUCUAGGCUCUUUGCUUCCCUUCAAAGGAAAAAUAGUAUGUAUCUCACAAAGUUGUAACAAAUGGCAUAUAGUAGAUUUACAGUUUUUCAAAGUAACUACCCUCCAAA